ACCGUAACAUGGAGGCUAAAGCUUUGAUUCCUGAGGACGAUCUCUGUUGUUCUGUAUGUUGUGACAUUUUUAAAGAGCCUGUCAUCCUGAAAUGCAGCCACAGCUUCUGUAAAGUGUGUGUGCAGCAGUACUGGAAAGAAAAGAGCUCUCGAGAGUGUCCCAUCUGCAGGAGAAAGGCCUCUAUGGAACCUCCUCCAAACCUGGCCUUAAAAAACAUUGUGGAGUCUUACUUAAAGCAGAAGGCUGAGAGAGAAACUGCUGACAAGAGUGAGACUCAUUGUAGUCUUCAUGGGGAAAAACUUCUAUUUUUUUGCAAACAUGAUGAAGAGCCUCUCUGUCUCGUCUGUCAGACUUCAAGAAAACAUAGAAACCACCCUGUCUGUCCAAUAGAAGAGGCCUCAAUGGAACUUAAGGAGGAACUUACUGAAGUAAAAAUGGAGAAGUUUACUGAGCUUAAACAUGAAUGUGAGAAAGCAGCAGAACACAUCAAGAGUCAAGCCCAGCACACCGAGAGGCAGAUAAAGGCAGAGUUUGAGAAGCUCCACCAGUUUCUGCGAGAGGAAGAGAAGACCAGACUAGCUGCACUGAAAGAGGAAGAGGAACAGAAGAGUUGGAUAAUGGAGGAGAAGCUAGAACACAUCACAAGAGACAUCUCCACCCUUACAGACAAAAUCACAGCUAUAGAGAAGGCUGUGGAGACGGAAGGAAUGUCCUUUUUAAAGAGCUACAAGAACAUCAAGGAAAGAGUCCAGUGCACACUGCAGGACCCAGAGCUGCUCUCAGGGGCACUGAUAGACGUGGCCAAACACCUGGGCAACCUGACGUUCAGAGUCUGGGAGAAGAUGCUGGGGAUGGUGCAGUACACUCCUGUGAUACUGGACCCCAACACUGCACAUGCCUAUUUCUCUCUCUCUGAUGAUCUGACCACUGUGAGGGACACAGCUCUCUUCUCUGAUGAUCUGACCCCUGUGAGAGAUAGAGGUACAGCGAAGAAAUGUCCUGGCAACCCAGAGAGGUUUAAGCCCUGUCCGUGUGUCCUGGGAUCUGAGGGGUUUACCUCAGGGAAACACAGCUGGGAGGUGAAGGUUGGGAAUAAACGUCAGUGGGAUGUAGGAGUGGUGAAAGAGUCCAUCAAAAGGAAGGGACAUUUAACGGGCAGCCAAGAGGAUGGAUUCUGGCUCAUAAUGCUGAGGAAUGGUGAUAAGUACACAAAAUCAGGAGUAGAUGACCUCACACUGGAAAGGAAACCCCAGUGCAUCAGGGUGCAGCUGGACUAUGACGGGGGGGAGGUGUCCUUCUUCAACUCCAGUGACAUGUCCCUCAUUUACACUUUUAAAGACACAUUUACUGAGAGGGUGUUCCCAUUCUUCUCUCCCUGUUUCAAAGAUGAUGGUACGAACGCUGAACCCCUGCAGAUCUGCCCAGUGAAAGUCUCUGUAACAGUGACAUCAUCCCAGUGAUGGUGUUUGUUUCAAAAAUAAACUCGAAAUGCUGUCAGGGAUUUUGCAGCAUUUCUGAUCUGCCUCAGCAUGCCUGGCUGUUGACUUGAGCAUAUGCACAGCUUUUGAGUCCUUAAGCAAGGCCCUUAGCCCCACAUCACUUUGGAUAAAAGCAUCAGCUAAAUGAGAAAUUAUUUUUUUAUGUAUUAUAUUAUUUACUGUACUGUAAUUGCCCUGCAAGUUUUUUAACUGCACAUUUUAUUUUUAAAAGGAUCAAAUGUUUUCACACUGAAAGAGUUCCAUAGAGGAAAUCCAUUUAAUAAUUAUAAUUUGUUUUCUAUUCAUCACUAAUUAUUUGGUUGAGUUACUGAACUGGACAUGCAUUUUUGCUAAUGUACAUACAAGCAGUAUCUUUUGUGUUUUCUUUUUAUCAGAAUCAUUAGACUAAACUUUAUUUAAUAUAGUGUUUAUACAUAAAACAGAUGCACUUGUGGGUAAAUCAAAUGCUUUUAUACCUGAUCGAUGUCAUUCCUGUUGAACUGGAUUCAUGAGAGCGUGUACAAGCUUUAAUUAGAGUCUGGGCUCUUUUCACAUUGUACUUUGCAGAUGCAGUGAAGAAUAAAUUCACCUUGUCAGUACCAUGCUGUAGGAUCUACAUCUGAGCCUUCAGUAGCCUUACCUGCACACCUGCCAUUGCUCUGCCAACUGUUCAUUCCUUUUACUUUACUGCUUGUGAUUGGUCAUUCAAAUAGUGAGAUACAUUCAUAUUUACCAAGUCAAUAUUUACUAAAUACAUUUUUGAUUUAAAUUAGAUUUUUUUAUUUAUCUAUAAAGAUUAUUAAUACAUAUCAUAACACAAGAAAUGUGGUGCUAUGUAUAAAAAUGCUGUAAUUUCUAGAUGGUGAAACCAAAGUGUAUAUAAAUACCCUGAAAUAAAUGC